GCUAGAGGCGGGAGCCCAGCUCCCCCCUCCAGGCCCAACUUCGAGGGAUCGGUGUUCGGUGCUCGAGCCCAGCGGACGCCCCGGACGCUCCUGUCCCGGACCUGGACUCCCCCGGGCCCUGCCGCGCUUUCUCCUGCCCCAGACCCUGGCCCCGAGGAGCUGCUGCGGAGCGUUCCCCUCUGCGUCCGCCUCAGCCUCCACCUGUCCCUGCCCCCUGGCCCCGACUCCCUCCCUCCGGUGCUGCCCACGCCCCCGGCCGGUCCCUCCCCAGACCCCUGCCCUCGCCCCUGCCCUUACCCUUAUCCCUGCCCCCUCCCUCUCCCCUGCCCCUGCAGGCCCAAGCGCGCUCCCUCCGCUUUGGGGGGAUCUCUAAGGAUGUCGUGCACGGAGCUGCUGACCAUGUGCCUGCUCCGGCCCAAGGCUGCCGCCCGGGAGGCCCCCGCAGCGCCCCCUGCGGUCCCUCCUGCGGCCUUCGCCGGCCUCGGACUCUUCCAGGACGUUUUCCGUCGAGCAGAUAAGAAUGAUGAUGGGAAGCUGUCCUUUGAGGAAUUCCAGAAUUAUUUUGCAGAUGGGAUUCUCAGUUCUGGGGAACUCCGAGAGUUAUUCAGCAGCAUUGACCGGCGUUAUUCAGACAAUCUGGAAACUGAAAAGCUUUGCGAAUAUUUCUCAGAGCACCUGGGUGCAUACAGACCUGUGCUGGCUGCCCUGGAGGCCCUAAACAGUGCAGUGCUUGCUGCCAUGGAUGCCACCAAGCUGGAGUAUGACCAUGCAUCCAAAGUGGACCAGUUUGUAAUGCGAUUCCUCCUUCGGGAGACAGUGGAUCAGCUUCAAGCCCUGCAGGGCUCCCUGGAGGGAGCUUCAGACACACUGGAGGGUCAGAUGGGUGGCCCUCGGAUGGAUGUGCCCAUGCAGAAAGCAGAAGAGUCAGGUCGGCCUCGGGUUGGCAGGAGGUCUGGGCGCCGGGCCAUGCGGAGCAUUUGCCUGUCUCCGAGCACCCCAGAUUGUGGAAUUCUGAACACAGGGCAAUGUGUGGAGUCUGACAGUCAGUGGACGGUGCAAGUGAAUCGAUUACAACAGCUCAUAGACCAGUUGGAGUGUAAGCACACCCUGCGGCUGGAGCCCUUAACGGAAGCCGUGGUUUGCAAAGCGACGGAUUCGCACAUCCUGGUGGCGCAGAGGCAGAUCUCGGUGACUAAGGAUGCCUUGCAGGAUUUCCAACGUGCCCUCUGCUGCUAUACGGAUUUUACAAGUGCCCAGAACAGCUGCCUACAUGUGUCUGCGCAGAAGCUGCUGGGUGAAGCCACUUUCAUUCUGUUUGAGUUCUGGAAGGACGAGGCCUCCUGGAAAAACCACUUACAGACAAGCUGUUCCAAGGCCUUCCAGAGAGUUCUCAUUGACCACCUGCAGACCCCGGAGGUCCUGACCACCAUGCUCUUUCCAGCCUCAUGGUGGAUCAUGAACAAUAACUGAACCCUGGACCGACCCCUGGUCUUAGGACGAAGGUUGCUUCAACUCAACGUUGCCCCUUAUCCCCAGGAGUCCUGCAGGACUCAACUGAGAUUAGAGACUUGGCUCCGUGUGGGCUUAAAAGCUGGAGAGUGGGAGGGGCCCACUGUCUGGGACGGAGCCGUCUCCCAGCCCAAGCUGCUGCCUUUCUGAAGCCCUCCUCCGAGCCACCCUGAACAACAAUCCCAGCUGUCCCAGGUCCGAGGCUGCUAAUGGUGGUGGGUUUCCAUAACACAUAGGCAACUGCCUGUAUGGGGGUGGGGGGAUUUCUCAGUGGUAGCAUGAUGCAGAGGAAGGCUCAGGGAUCAGAGGUAGGUUCUAGAUCUUGGGUUGGCUACUUCCUCUCUGUGGGCCUCAGUUUCCCAAUUUGUACAGUGGGAGGAAGGUUGGAUUUGAUGAUUUCUAAGGUCCCCGUGGCUGCUUGAUGCCUCCUUCUCUGAGGUAGAAGGUGACUCUCCAUAGCUUUGCUCGGGGCUUAGAAGGGUGACUGAAGGCCUUGGUGGGGACUGGGUCAUCUCAUACCAGGCCAUGAGGUAAUAUCUGCUGGGGAGGUCGGGGUACAAGCCUGGCUUCUGCCCGUAGGCUGCAUCAGGAACCGCCUUGCUGUGUAGUAUAUGUAUGUGUGUAUAGCGGUGGCAGGGGGAGGGGAUGAACAGGGGCUCUGCCCCAUCUCCCCCGAGGGAGGGGAGGAGCUCUAAUUUGCAUGUAAUUUGCAUAUACUUUGCAUGUCCGUGUACCACCCACAUGCAGCUAUCUUUAGGAUGAAAGUGACUGCAUGAGUAGCGGUAACAUUGAGGACUUGAGUCCUGGAAUAGGAGCCCAGUGGUGACCUUGGACGCUGGCUCCCACUUCACCUGCAAUAAAGGUUCCUCUCUCACGUCC